UUCAAAUAGUGGAUGGGAAAAGCAUUUAGGAGGAUGAGUGUGGAUGCUGUGCUAGCAUGGAAAGCAAAGAGAAGCAGUGGUUGAUGAGAGGGAAAAGUUGGCAUGGCAGAGCCAAUCGUUGGAAAGUUGCUUUUGGGGUCGUUCUGGCGGUGGUUUUUUAAUCCAGGGCUUUGUUUGUUUGGGUGGAUUGAGCCCAGCAGUGGUGUUAAAGGAAUCUACGUGCGAUUUCUUGAUUUCAGUCGGGCACGAUAGAUAGAUAAUUCAGCACAUCAUGAUGUUUUCUGGAAAUUCAAACACUAAUCACAAGAAUCCAAGAAUAACUCAGGCUGGGGGUUCUUCUGCUUCUCUUCUUCUGGGUUCUGUGAAUCGGCUCAAGCCCGAGACGGGUUUGGCCGUGGGGUGGACUUUCGAAGAAUAUUGCAAGCUGCAGGAAGGACUUCAGAAAUAUGCCGAUGAACCCAACAUUAUGAAGUACAUUAAGAUUGCAGCAACUUUGCGUGACAAAACUGUACGUGACGUGACUUUGGCGUCUAAGUGGUUUACAAGUGACACCAUAAGUUCAGAUGCAACUGCCAUGGUAGCGGUAGAUAUUGAGAGUCUGCAACAACACUCGGAUAAAACCUCCGGCGACCCCGAAAUGAUAAGAGGCCUAUCCCGCAAAUGGUUGUGUAGAGCUGAGGUAUUGACAAAUGCCGAGGAAGAAGACGUUGAUGAAUCUUCAAAGAGAACUGUAGCAAAAGAACUGAGUACACAGUUGGAGCCUUUGAUGCAGUCCUUACUAAGUGACAAAUCUAUGACUCAAGAUUCAGCUAACCAUGGUGGCUCCAAUCUUUUUGAUGCUGCUGUCAGGUGGAACAAGAAGUUCAACCGAUUUAUGGCAAUCAGUCCUAGGAAGAUCCUUUGUCUUGUUGCAACUUUGUUGAGCAUGGCCUCACUAGCAUUGUUAUACCAUACCCUUGCCGUAAAUGGCAAAUUUUGACGGUUUGGAAGGUUGGUAGCUCAGUUAUGGAGGUCGAGUACUGGACCAUUCCAGCCCCCUCUCUGUCUCUCCAAUGCUUUAACUCUCUCUAGAACCAGCUGGUUAUUGAAGAUCACUGAGAAGGCAAAUGUUUUAGACUGUGCCAAACACUGGAUACACGAUCGAGCCUGUUUAUAUCUGCUUGGUUUUGUGUGCUUUCAACACAUCUAGGACAGUUGGGUGUUCAGGAAAAUUUGGCCAGGCAAUUAAUCAAACGCAUUGCAGGCAAUCCUUGGGCA